AUGUUCGCUCCUCGCAUGCUCUCUUUUCUCCAUCCAUUUGCUCAGACUCGGCGCGCUGUUGCCGUUGAAUGCUGCAUGUUGCUGGUGCUGAACGCUGCCAUGGUGCAAACUCGCCGAUGGAGAGGGUUGGGCACGCAGGUAGGUGUAAAGGAUUCAUCAGGACACAGACGACUGACACACUGUGGUGGACCGGCAGAAUCAGGAUCACAGCUAGACUAAAUGCAACAAUCUCUUUAGCUAUAAAAGGACCACAUAUCUGAGUGCAUCAUGGAUUUUGUGAUGAAGCAAGCGCUGGGCGGGGCCACCAAAGACAUGGGGAAGAUGUUAGGUGGAGAGGAGGAGAAGGACCCUGAUGCCCAGAAGAAGGAGGAGGAGAGGCAGGAGGCACUCAGACAACAAGAAGAGGAGCGAAAGGCCAAACACGCUCGUAUGGAGGCCGAGAGGGAAAAGGUCAGACAGGCCAUUCGAGAUAAGUAUGGACUAAAAAAGAAAGAAGAGAAGGAAGCAGAGGAGAAGGCUGCUAUGGAACAAGCAUGCGAAGGCUCCUUGACUCGCCCCAAAAAGGCCAUCCCGACAGGCUGCGGGGCAGACGACGACGAGGACGAGGAGAGCAUUCUAGACACCGUUCUCAAAUUCCUGCCAGGACCUCUGCAGGACAUGUUUAAAAAGUAACAGACACAAAGCUGUUUCACAAGAAAAGAUGGGUGAGGGGGGAUUUUUGCCAAACAGGUGAAAGGCUUUUCACUGCCUUGACGGAAUUUUAUUUGGUCCUUUCUAUGGAUAGAUACACAAUUCAUAACCCGACAAUGUUUGGUCUUUUCACUGCCAUUCAGGUUCAAAUUGUUUACAUUUUCUAUAGAUCUCUGUGUUUGUUUACUGAUCACCAGGGUCUCUGAUACUUUGAGAGUUAUCUGCCUUAGGUACUCAGCGAUCAGCCCCACAAUAACAGCACAUUGACACUGAGCUCUGGCACUGGGAAUAUGACGAUUACUCAAAUUUAUUUAUUUAAAACAGUGGGGUCAGAGCAUUUUAAAGCAGCCGUAAUGCUUUCAGUCGUGCAUGAGGUCAAAAUAUGAUGAGUUACAUCUGCCAUCAGUGAGUUUGAUGAUACGUUGCCAUUUGUUAAAAUGGGAAAUGCUGAUAUACUGUCUUAGAUGUGCCACGUUAGACCACCUGAAUGCUCAAAUGGUUUGCAGCCUGGCAGUUCUCAAUUGUCUGUGAUGUAUUGUUAUUUUUUUUCUCUCUAUUUUUGUUAGUGUGAAAUAGAACUUGAAUUGACCACAAGUAAUAUUCACAUUAGCCUUGCCAGCAAAAAAUCAGGAAAAGCUCAGUAAGUGCUAGAUUAUAAUUUUACAAAAACCGGACCAAGUCCUCUUUACAAUUAAGAGCUAUUCAGGAUGAUACAAGAUCGCAAAAACGUACAGUCAGUCGGGGUUUCACAGCACAUUCAUCAUUUACAAAACAAGCAGAUCUGAUGUUAGAUCACUCACACAUGACAAUCAGAAAUUAACUGGUAUCAUACAAAAAUUAAAACAAAUAUUUUUAUGUUUGUUAUUGGUAGAUUUCACAUCAAAAUUUUAUUUAAAACAUAUUAAGCAUGGUUCACAAAAUAUUUGGCAUGCUCUGCAAUAUUAGAAUACCUGCCACAGCUGAAUAUUAUGUAAAUGUCUGGCCUGACUUUUAAUGUGCUUUUUGAAAAAGUAGAUCAUUGUAACAUUAAAAGGCGAAAAAACAAGCCUACAUGUAUAAUAAAUUUAGUAUUACUGCAUAAAGUGCAGGCAUGGAAUUUUUAGAAUUUUCUUUAGAAUUCUGAGGAGUUCUGUUUUUUGUUUCUGGCAUGACAUAAAAAUGUAACAAGUAAUUGUAACUUUCUAUCUCAAAAUUCUUUUUUUUUUUUCAAAUGUGAGUUUAUAUCUUACAAUUCUGAUUUUUCAUCUCAGAAUUGGAAUAAAAAGUCUGAAUAAUGAGCUAUAAACAAUUGCAAGAAAAAACUAAUAUUUUCACAAAAUAUUUGGGAUGUUCCACAAUAUUAAAAUACCUGCCUUAGCUGAAUAUUAUGUAAAGGUCUGACCUGACUUUUAAUGUGCUUUUAGAAAAAAAGUAGGUAAUUGUAACAUUACAAACCAAAAAAAAAGCCUACAUGUAUAAUGAAUUUAGUAUUAUUGCAUAAAAAACAGGCAUUUUUUACAAGGAAGCUAGUUUGGAAUUUUAAAAAUAUAAAUUAUCUUACGAUGCACGUGACAUUUUCUUGCAGUUGCAUGUUUAUAUCUCACAAUUCGGACCUUGUUUCUCACAAUUCAGAACUGUGAGAUGCAAACUCUUAUUUCUCAUGAUUCUGACUUUAUUUUAGAAUUCUGAGGAGUUCUGUUUUUUGUUUCUGGCACAAUUUAAAAAUGUAACAAGUAAUUGUAACAUUUUAUUUCAAUAUUAUCUCAAUUUUUUUUUCAUGCAAAUAUGAGUUUAUAUCUUACAAUUCUGACUUUUCAUCUCAGAACUUGCAAUUGCAAGAAAAACAAAUUAUUUCCACAAAAUAAAAAUGACCUGGAAAUUAUGGAAAAGGGCUUCAAUAUUUUUCUAAAAAGAAUUAUUAAUCAGUGAAAAUACAUACUAAAUUAAUACUAAGAAUGCAUGAGCUUCAAUGACAACAGUAAAAAAAUACCAAAGAGAGAAUAAACUGCAAUUAUAAUCAUCUUGCAUGUUAAGUUAUGGUAACAUUUUGAGAAACCAUUAUAUUCAUACAUCUGAUCAACAACAAUCACUCCUGCUGUGAAACACAAUAUAUCACAAUGAUCAGUUAUAAAAAUACUGCCUGAAAUAUGAAUUUUACUGCUGGCAAAAUCUGAUGUGGGGUUGCAAAUAUGAUAACUUAAGGCUUUUUUGUUUACUUCAAUUAUUAAUGUCCUUAUGUUUUUAAGCAUUUAGUAAACACUGCCAUUUGAUAAACAUGUUGGGCACAUAUUUUUGGGGAGGGAUAAAUGUUUACAUAAGUGUUUAUGAAACCUGGGCUAAAGAGGCAGACUUAUUUUGUAAAGUAAUGCUCAAAUGGGUAUUGUAUUGCAUGAUGGGAAAUAUAAACCUAUAGAUAAGUUUUCAUGACAAAAAGUAUGAAAUCAGUAGUUGUAUGUUUUCCAAUCAGUCGGAUUAAAAAUGUGUCCCUUUUUAAAGUCUGUUAGCAAAUGAUAUGCCUACAGGAAUGUAUCCGUAUCCAUUAGGCUGGUUGUUCUGUGAUCAAAAUGCUUUUAAGAUUGUAAAGUUUGUUUAAAAAAAAAAAAAAAUCUUAGUAACAGAAUGACAUACUUUAGAAUAACACAUGCUACUCUCAAGUAGACUUUAAUUUUAGCAGUACGCAAGUGCGUUUUUUAAAUUGAUCUAUAAAGAAUGAGAUUGACUUUUUCAUUUUUGUAGUGCUAAAAGGUUUUUCACUAGUCAAAGCCAUAUUGUUAGACUGCAAUAAUUAAUGAAAAAAUAAUCAUCUUGUAGUCAUGCAUCUGUAAAAAUAUGUUCUAAAAAUCUAUUUAACUCUUCAUAGUCUGUGUCAGAAAGUGUAUAUACUUUUCGUAGAGAGAAAGAGAGUCUUCUAAAAAGAUUGCUACUGUAGUACGGUCUACCGUAUGUGCUGUAUGUUCUCAAUGUAAGUGUGUAUUUAUGUACGUCUGUACCUGUUUGUGCUGUACAAUGUUAUUUCAUGUUGUACCUGUUGAUGUGUUUUAUGUGCAUACAGUCUAAUGCAGGCUGUGUCCGCUGUCGUGAAAAGACGGUGGAAUCGGGGUAUGUGGGAGUCCUAAUGUUCAUGUAUGCAUGCAGAUGAACUUUGCAUUAAAUACCAAAUCCGAACGUCAGGUUGUACCUGUUUAUGUAUCGCUGUCCCUGCAACAGAAGCUGCACCCUUUAUCCAGGGAUUAGUUCCCAUCUGUCUAAUGGGAUGUGAUGAAUUAUCAGGCCGAUCAUUCAGGUUGUUUGGUUGACAGAACUGAGAGAACAUUUCAAAACUGUUGAUGCUACUCAGCUAGGGUUAUUUCUAGUCAUUUAUCAUUCGCAACUUGAUCUUAGAUGAAAAUGUGAUAUUAUAUUAGUUGUACCUCCGAUAUACCUCUCGGCAUAAAUUACAUUCGUGCAUUGUGUCACCACAAUGCAGUGGUUCAUAACUUCAUAAACAGCCUAAAAAGUAUUUGGACACUUUUGGUUGUACUUAAAUGUCAUUAGAUAUAAGAUAUCAAGCCAAGUGUCAUUUACAAACAGUUGAUUCUAGACUUUAAACUUCAGUUCAUCACUUCUAAUAUUGUUUAUUUAUUUUUUUGGUUUCAUGUUAUACAAUGCACAAAGAAAUUCAUACAUGCUCACCUGUUCAAAUACUUUUUGAGAUCACGGUAUAGUUGGUUGAUUCCCCACAGAAUCAUUUUGACGCUUUAGAUGUCAAUUCCCACUUUACUGAUACUUCUUUCGUUUCAUAUGUAUCGGACAUAUUUUCAUUUUAUGUAAUUUUUCUAUUAAAUGAAAAUUACAUAAUAAACUGGGUAAAAGGGCUGACUGUGUUGGUGAUUCUGUGAUCUUUAAGAUGCUGUAGGACUGUAGAUGUCUGGCAGUAGAAAAAAAAACAUUUAUGGAUUUGAAUUUAUUAAAAUAAUGACAUCCACAGCAUGUGUUAUUGGUUGAACAUCCGCUUAUUGGAAUAAUUCACCCAAAAAUGAGCAUUUUCUAAAAAUGUACUCAUCUUAAGGCCAUCCAAAAUGUAGAUGAGAUUGUUUCUUUAUAAGAUUUGGAGAGAUGUAGCAUUAUAUCACUUGCUCACCAGUGGAUCCUCUGCAGUAAAUGGGUGCCGUCAGAAUGAGAGUUCAAACAGCUGAUAAAAACAUUACAAGUAAUCCACACCACUCCAGUCUAUCAAUUUAUAUUUUACGUUCCAUUGCAUUACAUAAAAAAAAAAACCUCUAUCAAUAAUUUUGCCUUCUCCAGUGAAAAAGUGGCAAACAUGAGAACAAUAUGCACAGAUUAAACACUGUUUACAAGUGAAAACAGUCCAAAAACUGUUCUAAAUAAAUAUGUGGGUGAAUUUUGUUGUGAGAGGACAACAGAAGAUGAUUUUUUUCACUGGAGAAGUGUUAUUUUGGAUCAUGGACUUAGCUAAAAUGCUAAAAGCUAAAAUGCUUUAACAAUGGAUUUGUUUCUCACAAACAUGCACCGUUUCACUUCUCAAGUCUUUAACUGAUGGACUGGAGUGGUGUGGAUUACUUGUGGAUCAAUGUGAUGUUUUUAUCAGCUGUUUGGACUCUAAUUCUGACGGCACCCAUUCACUGCAGAGGAUCAGCAUUGGUGAACAAGUGAUGCUAAAUUUCUCAGAAUCUGUUCUUAUGUAUAAACAGACUUAUUUACAUCUUGAAUGGCCUGAGGGUGAGAACAUUAUCUGCAAACUGUCAUUUUUGGGUGAAUUAUGCAUAAAUAAUAAAUAUAAAAGUGUACUGACAAUUUUGUGAUGAAUAUCAUAAAUACACAGCUCAGUGAGAUUUCACUGAUGAAUAUCUAUGAGAUUUCAGUGAACUAACAACAGCUAGUUGUUCCUGUUUUAAUAUACCUAAUCAAUAUAUAAAUGAGUAAUAAUGCUCUAAACUAAAAGUGUCUAUGUUAAGGGCUAUGUUUCACAUUUCCACCAAACCAUUUGGUUGGGUUGGACCAAACACUUGCAUGCUUUAUUUCAGGAAUGGAGGGAAAUAAGUCAUUUGAUUUCAUUCUUUGGCUAUGAAUGCAUGAUACCACAUAGCACUGUCCAUUCCAUGUAUGUGCAUAAAUAUAAAGACCUUGGAUGAAUCACUGCAAACAUUCAAAUAAAUAAAUAAAUUUUUUGAACAACAUUGCUCUUCAACGCUGUCAGCUGGGGAACUGUCAACCUGCAGGCCAUGACUGGUCUUUUUGUUUCAGCGUAACAAAAUAUUAAUAAUUUUGUAUAUAUUAGGUGCAUUGGAUUUUACCUAGGCCUAAUCGGUACAUGAAACAUACCAUUCAUGUAGGCUUUGGACAUGCAUGUUUUCUCAUCAUGCGUUUGUAACUGAAUAACUGAGUACAUUUGUUUGUGCUCAGUUAAUAAUGUGUGGCUGUACGGGAUGACAAUGAAGGCAGAGGUCUAAACUAUUCAACUUGAGCUAGUUUCUGUUGUCAGGGACCUGGAUGAAUUUGUAAUAGUUCAUUUCAGUUUAAAGUAGUUUCUUAAACAUGUAAAAUACUGGUACAUAUGAUGUAGGAUAAAACUGAUUUUUAUCCCGUUUGCUGUGUGUUUGAGGCUUUGGUUUGUAAAACAAUCUUAGAAUGUUAUUUCUUUAAAGAAAAGCAAUUACAAACCAUAUGGAAAUGUAAUUUUAGUAGAAUGAUUUACUGUUUACUGCAACUCUGAUCAUUUGCCAUGAACUCUGGAUCAGAAUAAACAACUACUCUAUCAAAAUAAACCUCAACCUUUCAGCUUUAUCAGGUCAGGUGAUCAUGUUUAUUAAAACUGCAAUGGAAAAAAACAAGAGUGUUUUUGUGUUUCAUCAAAAAACCCUCUAGAGUUUGUGUUAUGAGUACACUGGUGCUGUAAUUAGGCAAGUUUUUGUAAGUUUGAGUAUGAAAAAGUAUAGUUUGGCCACAGUUCAUCCUGAGGCACAAUACUGGAUGUUCAGUGUGUUAUUUAUAGCUACAAAAUUACACUUCCAAGCUGAGUAGGCUUUCAUGUUUCAAACUCAUAUAGUCGAUGAGUGUGUAAUGCUGCCACCAUCAAGCAAUACCAUUUUUUUUCUUCAUCAAAACAGAUUUGGAGAAAUGUAGCAUUGCAUCACUUGCUCACCAAUGGAUCCUCUACAGUGAAUGGGUGCCGUCAUAAUGUGAGUCCAAACAGCUGAUAAAAACAUCACAGUAAUCCACAAGUAGUCCACACCACUCCAGUCCAUCAAUUAACAUCUUGUGAGGCAAGAAGCUGUGUUUGUAACAAACAAAUCCAUCAAGAUGUUUUUACUUACUGCUGCUUUAUAUUUUAAAAAUAUAUAUCCACAAUAUUGAUUUCUUAAGUGGAAAAGUCAUCUCAUCUAAAUCAGGAGAGCAAUAUGCACAGAUCAAACACAAUUUACAAGCAAUUAAAACAGUUCUAAACAAAUACAGUGGAUUUUGAUGUGAGAGGACCAGAAAUAAUUCUUAUGGACUGUUGCCUAAAGCAACAAUUUACAGUUAAAAUGUCUUAAUGAUAGAUUUGUUUCUUGCAAAGACACAAGUUUUCACUGCUCAAGAUAAUUAUUGUGUUUUUAUCGGCUGUUUGGACUCUCAUUCUGACGGCACCCAUUCACUGCAGAGGAUCCAUUGGUGAGCAAGUGAUGUAAUGCUAAAUUACUCCAAAUUUGUUCUGAUGAAGAAACUCAUCUACAUCUUUAAUGGCCUGAGGGUGAGAAAAUAUUUUUGCAAAUUGUUAUUUUUGGGUGAACUAUUUCUUUAAAGGAGAAGUCCACUUCCAGAAUAAUAAUUUACAAAUAAUUUACUCACCCCCUUGUCAUCCAAGAUGUUCUUGUCUUUCUGUCUUCAGUUGUGAAGAAAGCUUUUCAGGAUUUUUCUCCAUAUAAUGGACUUCAUUGGGGCCCCGAUUUUGAACUUCCAAAAUGUAGUUUAAAUGCAGCUUCAAAUGACUCUAAAUUAUCCCAGCCGAGGCAGAAGGGUCUUAUCUAGCGAAACAAUAGGCCAUUUUUUUGAAAAAUUUGCAUACUUUUUAAGCACAAAAGCUUGUGUAGCACAAGCUCUGGGAUGCGUGUCCACAAUGCUACAAAUUAGUAAUGGGUCGUUCUUGAAUGAUUUGUUCGUUUUGAACGAAUCUUUAAUGUGACUCGGGAAGAACGAGUCAUCUCGGGGAGUGAUUCGUUCAGUCACGCAUGCGCAACAUCCUAUUAGGUUCUGUACUGGAAUUAGUUCACCUGUUUCGAGUCUUCGGGUUUUUUGAGUCGUUCGUUCAUCUUAUGGGGCUGUCACGUGUUGAACGAACUACUCGAACCCGAAGACUCGAGAGAUGAACUAAUCAAUUCUUUUUCUGGCUCACACUGCAUUGGUUGAGCUUAUGGGGCUGUCACGUGACAGCAAACCCAAAGCUCAAACCCGAAAACUUGUCAGAUAAGAGGUGAGGUGAGCUAAUCAUAGACUAAAGACCCAGGUAAACAAUGAAUUCAUCUUUUCUGUUUCUUAUAGCAUUAUAGUUUUGUCUUGUUUGUAGUGUGAUCAGUGUUUGUGUAAGCAGUAGAUGUGUUAGGGAAGUAACACGUAACAUUUUAAUUAUAUUUUGCUAAAAUGAAUGAAAUGACUCGAAAAAAAGAUUUGUUAAUUUUAAAAUUCGGUAAAAUGAUCCGAACUUCCAUCAAUACUACGAAUCACAUCUAAUUUCAUCAUCUGUGUACUCCGGCUCAAAAAGGCAGAGUAUGGCGAAAAACUCCAUCUUAUUUUCUCCUACGACUUCAGAAUCAUCCGACAUCGUUGUACCUUUUUGUUUGUAAACAGCGUUUGACUUACUUGCACUUCCUUAGUCUUUACACGUUCGCUUUGUAAACACUGGGUAUGUAGUUCCACCUACAUUGCACGUGACCUUUUGAUGUGAUUUAAUAGUAUGUAGUGUCAUGAACGCGCAUCCCAGAGCCUGUGCUACACAAGGUUUUGUGCUUAAAAAGUAUACAAAUUUGUAUUUUCUGAAAAAAAUGACGAUCCUUUCACUAGAUAAGACCCUUCUUCCUCGGCUGGGAUUGUUUAGAGCCCUUUGAAGCUGCAUUUAAACUACAUUUUGGAAGUUCAAAAUCGGGGCACCAAUCAAGUCCAUUAUAUGGAGAAAAAUCCUGAAAUGUUUUCCUCAAAAACCAUAAUUUCUUUACGACUGAAGACAGAAAGACAUGAACAUCUUGGAUGACAAGGGGGUGAGUAAAUUAUUUGUGAAUUGUUGUUCUGGAAGUGGACUUGCAAAGUGGUCUCCUUUAAGUGGAAGUGGUCUCCUUUAAGACUCAACUGCCUUUCCAUAUGUACACAAAUUAUUUUUCAUUGCAUAAAUCUAUGUCUAUCACAUGUGAUUAUGAUAAAGUUGAAAGGCUUUAAAAAAAGUUUACUGACAAGCAUUCAGCCGUUUGAGGUUUUGAUCCAGGGUUAAGCGUGUGGAGAAUGUACAUAGAGAAUGAUUUUCUUAUUGCAUGUAAUACAACAUCUGUCAAACCAAAUCACUGUAAAUCUAUUACAUUAAUGAACCUAAAUGACAUAAAGUACCAUUUUUUGAAAUGGCAAAUAAAAUGCUUUAUAAAAAGA